AUGUCCACUGCUUUUGCAAGUGCCAUGGCUCACACUUACGCCAAAACAAGGAGCAUGAACUGGGCAGACAUUGAUACUAAAAGCAAUAUAACUGCACUUAAAGCUAAUUUUAAUGCUGCUGGACUGUGUGAAUUUAUAUUCUAUACUAUAUUUCUGUCUCAGCCACAACUUCUUGUCUCCCUUCCUGUUUUCUUCCUGUCGUCCAUUCCAGAUGUGCUCACAGCUGUAAAGCUCUUGGCUGGCUCUACAGUUGACAUUGUAGCAGCUUCUAUUGUCGAGACGAGUCUGGUGAACACUGUUGAGAAAAUAGAGGAAGAUGGAAAAGUUUUGGACUCCGUGCUGGAGGUAGUGGCUAAAGAAGCAGCAGAGGGGGCUGCUGUAGAAAACGAGGAAGAGCUAAAGUCUCCAGAGAAUGGCGCUGAUGCUGUAGCUCCAGCUGCUGAAGAGGAGGCACCUGCUUCUGAAGGAGCAGCAGCAGAGGAGGAGGCAGCUCUUCCUAAGGAACCUACGACUUCAAAUCCAACAGUGGAGGAGGUGGGUGAGGAUGCAGCCGAAGAUCAGGCUCUAGAGGAGGCUGUCUCGUCUACAGAGGCCUCGUCUGAAGGUGCUGCUCCAGCUGAGGAGGCCACAACAGCUGAGCAGGACACAACAGCUGAAGAGGCCACAACAGCUGAGGAGGACACAACAGCUGAGGAGGCUACACCAGCUGGGGAGGCUACACCAGCUGUGGAGGACACACCAGGUGAGGAGGCUACACCAGCUGAGGAGGACACACCAGCUGAGGAGGACACACCAGCUAAAGAGACUACACCAGCUGAGGAGGACACACCAGCUGAGGAGGCUACACAAGCUGAGGAGGACACACCAGCUGAGGCGGACACACCAGCUGAAGAGGACACACCAGCUGAGGAGGACACAUCAGCUGAGGAGGACACAUCAGCUGAGGAGUCCACCACCACUGCUGAAGCAACACCUGCUGCUGAGACAUCAGUGGAUGAGGAAGCAGCCGAAGCUUCAGCUGAGGAGACAGUUGAAGCUGCAGCAGUUGUGGACACGGUCCAGUUGGCAGCAGCCUCCCCUGGCUCAGACCUGGAGGCCCUUUCAGCUGCUGAGCCAGAAUCUACAUCAGAGGCUCCAGUGCACGAGGUCAAGCACUGUCACUCCUGCCACUCUGCAGCAGAGGAGGUGGAGCCACCUGUUGCUUUGGGAGAGCAGUUGGCCAUUGAGGGAGCUGAGGAUGUAGCGCAUGAGGCCAAGGAGGUGGUGUCACUGAUGGAAGGACAAACCACAGAGACAAUGGUGGUGGUGACAACCCAGUCAUGAAACAACAGCGUGCCUUCUACAACACUCGAUUAUCCAUCACCUGAGCCAAGAGGACCGAUGAGAACAGCAUGAGGAGAAGUAGCCGCAGGUUAAACUAGCUAAUGUGUCCUUUUUGAAAUGUUAUCACAGAGUUUUUUAAAUGUUCCUUUUAUGUCUCUUGUCCUCUAGGUGGCACUGUUGCAAAGCUUUUUAUGACCAGUUGAUCUAAAAAAAAUACUUUUCUUCUGUUGUGGUAGAAAGCAGAGGAAGUGGUUUGUUGUGACAGUAAUGUGAUAGACUGCGUUUCAUAGAUAUUACCAGUAUCUACAAACCGUAAAUUUUAAGUUUUCUCUAAGUCCAUAACAACAUAUUUCAUUCUCCCACUCACGUUAGUUAAUAUAAAAACAUGAAGAUGUGAAUUUGGUACAUUUUUCUGAGUUUGUCUGUAAACAGAAAAAUAUUAAUAAAUAUAAAUAAACCAAAUCAGUUUGAUUGAUAUUACUCUGAGUUUACAAUAAAGAAACAUGAUUUAUUGAAAAAUUGGACAUAUCUUACCACCUGUUGAUCCCUUGGAGUCACCAAGAAAACAUGAAAAAAUCUGUUUUUGCAAAUGAACUCUUCAAAUGCAGAUAGAGACAUAAUUAUCUUA